AUGUCGGCGCGACGAGUGAUACCGCGGGAGGAGCAUGACAUCCGGGAAGGCGACACCCUCAUGCUGACCUGUCCGCUGCUCAACACCCCGAGCAACAGUGUGCUAUACUGGAACUUCAGUCCAUCGGGCGAUGCGAAACCCGACGUCGUAGCCAUCGGACAAUCAUCCCUGAAACCGUCGUACACGGUCAACCUCAUCGGCGACAACUACACGCUCGAAAUCGAUUCUGCGCGCUAUGAGCGCGACAACGGAAUUUUCCAUUGCCAGGCGAAGCAGGAGAAAACCGGAAAGCAAUACUUCACCAAAGAGCAUCAGGUCACAAUUCUGAUGGCGCCCGGUGAUCCGAAAAUCACGCCGACCCAGCCUUUCGCCGAGGAGGGCAAACCCUACAACUUGACUUGCUCGUCGACGGGCGGGAGUCCUGACCCCGACAUUUCGUGGAUCAGAAACGGGCAAGAGAUUCCAUCGAUUUACAUUCCCGGUGGAUUCCGAAAGAAUCCCACGAAAGCUGUGCUCACCAUAACGCCUUCGAAAAACGAUGACCGAACGCAGUACAUGUGCAUGGUGAAAAGUCGUGCUCUGCCUCCCGGAACUCAGUUGGACACUAAAGUCACGCUGAGGGUUUCGUAUUCGCCCAAAGUUUCCGUCGAGGAAGAAGUUCUGCGAGUGAUGCAGGGCGACGACGCCGUCCUGACUUGCAAAGCCGAAGGAAAUCCUGAAAUUCGCAGCUUGAAAUGGUAUCGAGACGGUCAUCUGGUCAGUCAUUCGGCCACUCACGUUCUCAAGGCGGUGAAACCCGAAGACUCGAACGAGUACACCUGCAUAGCGACGAACGGCGUUCAGCCCGAUGGCCAGGCCAAGGUGAAACUCGACGUUCUCUUCGGUCCGAACGUGAGAGUCAUCAGCGAGCGUGAAGCCAACCAGGGUGAUCGAGUCACCGUCGACUGUCAAGUGGAUUCGAACCCUGAGCCCUCGAAAGUCUAUUGGAUCCGGGAAGGAGACGAUUUCCGGCAGGACGGACCCAUGCUCAACAUCGAGAGAGCCUCACCGAAAGACGAUGGCUUAUACUAUUGCGUGGCCGAGGUGAACAUGAUUCGCUCCUCCGUCGGGAGACCGACCUUUGAAACGAAAGUUGUUGGCAACGCUACCCUGCAGCUGAAUGUGAAACAUAAACCCGGAACGACUCGCAUCUUGCCCAAGAGCCCAAUCGCUGUGGUGAAGAAAUCCUUCACCCUCGAGUGCACCUCCGACCCCAAAGGAUACCCGCGACCUCAAUACCGUUGGUGGAAAGAAGGAAGUGAACACACCGACCUCUCUCGACGGGCGAACUACACCAUCGUUUCGGUCCUUCAGGACCACGAAGGAACCUAUUACUGCCAGCCGGAGAACGAUCUGGGCAAAGGCACCGUCGCCCGCGUAUUCCUCCAGGUCAACGAGGCUCCGCAGAUCUCAGUCCCGCUGCGACCGCAGAUCAUCCGUCGAACGGGAGAAACACCUCAACAGAUCAGCUGUCGCGCAUCUGGAAAACCCAAGCCUUUCGUCUGGUGGACCCACAACGGACAGAACGUCUCAACGGCCGACCAGAGAUUCAGUAUCUCGACUACCGAAAACGCCGAAGCGCAGAAAACCGUAACUGUGAGUUCGUCGUUCAGCUUCGUCAAACCGCUGACCGCUAACGAGCGUGGCAAGUACGCUUGCCACUUCAGCAACGGAUUCGGAGAGACCUCGACGUCCGAGAUGACGCUCCGCGUCGAGCAUUCGCCCGAGGUCCGACACACCUACAACCGAGUGGCUUUCGAUGUCGGCGAGACCGCCUACCUCGAAUGCCGAAUGCAAGCCUACCCCGAACCGACGUUCGAAUGGACGUACCGCAGCCGAACUGUCGGCACUUACAGCCAAUACUCGACAAACAAAACCGACAACGGCGACGACAUCUACACGGGUCUGUUGAAAAUUUCCAACAUCAAAGAAGACGACUACGGUGAUUACACCUGCCGGGCAUUCAACAAAAUCGGUCAGGACCAGAGAACCAUCAUAAAGCUGGUGAAGAAGAGCCAGCCCGACAAACCCACCGACGUGGUGGCUGUGGACACCCAAUCGGAUAGGAUCACUUUGGCCUGGAGACCCGGCUUCAACGGCGGGUACGCCGACACGAUCUACAUCGUCAAUUACGUCGAUGAGAACGGACGCGAGAAGAACGAAUCGUGCCGCCAGUCGAACCCGUGCUCGAUCCCUGGGCUCGAAUCCCUGUCGAGAUACGCUUUCAAGGUUAUGGCCAGCAACCCUAGAGGACAUUCCGGAUUUUCCGAAGCCACCGAAGUUCUGACGAGGUUAGCUAUUCAAGACAUGCCGCUCCCGAUCGCUCAAUACGAUUUCACCAACGGAAUGGUCCACGUGAGCCUCAAUCACGUCCCGCCGAAAGCCUCGCUGGAUCAUUUCGUUAUUCGGCUCGAGGCUCGUGUUCGUGGCGAAGAGAAAUUCCGACUGCUCCACGAAGCGUUCCCCGUGCACGGGAGUCACUCGCAGGUCGAAGUCGAUACCGCCCAUGACCAGAUCGAUCCAGAAACGCUAUCAGAUGUGCGAGCCAUGGUCUGCCUACAGAGCAAUUUGACUUGGUGCGGUGAAGCCCGGAUGGCGGAACCUUUCAAUCACGAGAACUGGAUCUCGAACUCGGCCGCGAGCUCAUCCCUGUCCACCAUAACGAUGAUUCUGAUAAUUUGCGUUGGGAUCGGUCUGUUCUGCAUGGUGCUGGUGUUCCUGUGCUGCUGCUGGAAGAAGCAUUCGACCACUCAACAAACCGAGAAGAAAGACUACAACGCUCAACUGAAUUCGACCAUCACGAAUUCUCAGCCACCGUGCUAUUACGACUCGAUGACAAAAUCCGGAAUCGUCGAAACCGCGAUGGACGAACCGAUCAAAAGCAACGGCGCCGUACCGGGAGCUGAGCAACCAGUCAACGGAGGAUUUGUUCAUGCUCAGCCUCAGUAUCUCGAUCAUGAUCCCAUGUACGGCACGAUGAUGAACACCAACGACUACUACAUCGGCAAACAGGAUCCCUACUCUCCGUACGAUCCAACGCCCGGAUACUUUGGCUACCCCGACGAGCACGGCAUGUCCGAUAUGCACUAUGACGUAUCGGGACUUCCGAACCCCUACGGUACCACAGAUGAUUUGAUGCACGCCCACUAUCUAGGACAUACGCCAUCGCAGCAGAUGGGGGACAUCAAUUGCAACGAGUCCGUCGAUUCCGUACAAACCAAUGGGCAACGACGAGUUGUUCGAGAAAUCAUCGUGUGAAGCUGCAGUAGGGAAGGUCAAUAGAGCCAAGUGUAUUAUUCGUAUGGAUAGAUGAACACGUGGGAGGAGUUACACAUUCACAGUGAUGGAGGAGCAGAGACGUAUACUGUACGCUCAAAGCUUGCCAACCCGAGGUCCCGACCCAGGUCGUGUGCCAGGCGUCAAAAUGUGACAGAGCUCCUCGAGAAU